AGAACGGCAAAGCAUAGCAACACACCUCUUCGAUCUCCCAUAUACAAAUCGUUCGUCCCAUCCGUCAGCGCGCAUACAAAUAGCCGGCGCGCCCGCGGCGAGCGUUUCGUACUCUGUCUGUUCUGCCGCACGAGACACGAGAGCCACGGAUAGCUAGACACAGACGGCGCGCGGAGACAGGGGCAAUGGACGGGCAUGGGAAGGAGGGCAGCAGCAACGGCGCCAGCGGCGGCGGCGGCGGCGGCUGGAGCGAUCAGUGCGACGUGGUGGCCAGGGCCUUCGUGGAGUACUACUACCAGACGUUCGACACCAACCGCGCCGCGCUCGCCGCGCUCUACGGCCAGACGUCCAUGCUCUCCUUCGAGGGACACAUGGUGGCCGGCGCCGAGGAGAUCGGCCGGAAGCUGUUGGGGCUGCCCUUCGAGCAAUGCCGGCACGCCGUCUGCACCGUCGACUGCCAACCCACGCCGUCCUUCCCGGGAGGCAUCCUCGUCUUCGUCAGUGGCAACCUCCAGCUCGCCGGCGAGGAGCACCAGCUCAGGUUCAGCCAGAUGUUUCAGCUGGUGCCCAACGAGCAGGGAAGCUUCUUCGUGCAGAAUGACAUAUUCCGGCUCAACUACGGCUAGCAGCAGGUUGCGUGUGGCUGCCGAAAGGAACAGGGUGCUAGGAUGCUUUGGGCCCAUGUGGAUGCGAGAUUGCGAGAAGCUUCUCCGGGCCGUCUCUACCGUUUCGCUUUCAUCCUCUGUACUUUUACCUUCGUUCAUGUAGCAUCGUAGAAUAAGUUGGGCGAUGACCGUGUUGUGUUGUGCCUUCUCCUGAUUGUUAAGUAAUUCCGUGGAACGAUUGAAAUCUCCAUGCAUGGGCUACCGGUUUACAUCCAUUUAGACAAGAAAACCAUUUUUUUACAGUUA